UGGAUAAGCUAAAAGACACACUUAGGGAGCACAGUGCAGACGCAGAGGCUUGAACCAAGGUUGAACAAGCCACAUCCUUCAAAACGUCUGCGAUGGCUUCAUCCCAACUUCACUUCACCAUCUCCCUGUUCUGUUUGGCCGUGACAGCAAGCAUCAUAUCAUGUGGUCGAUCUCAUAUGGUUUUGAACUCUGCGCUACAGGCAUCUCAUGGCACUCCUACUGAUGAAGAGAUGCCAGAGAGAUAUGCCCUUCCAGAGCUUCAGUGGCUGUUCAGUAACUCAGACCCAGCAGCCAUCCAGUCUGACAGCCCAUCUCUGGGAAUUCUACAGAGUGGACUGGACCUAAUGAGGAGAAACAGUGGAGACAAUGAGCCAAAAAAACCAGGCUGCAAGAACUACUUCUGGAAAUCCAGAACUGCUUGCUAACCACAGGCAACCAACGAGUCCAAAACAGAGGCCUUUGCGACAAUCAACAUGAUGCCAAUCAUAUGCUUGUUCCCUUUUCUGAAUUCACUCAUCAUAUGACAGUGUCCGUCUUUCAAGUGAGCCUGAGUAAUUGUAGCCCUUAUCUGUUAAGGGUGUUCCUCGAUCGCUUAUCUCUUCUCUGUCUUGCUCUGAAGCAUUGACUGUUUGCAAUAAACUGAAUACAGCAUAAA